UUCCCACGCAGCCUUGCUCCGCCUAGAACCGGUGCGCGCGCGCAUGGUGUUGCCCGAACAGGCGGGAUUUCUUGGCGAUGGAAGCCUUUGUGUACUUCUCCAACCAGACGCAGGGUCGGGAGCGGCUUUUUCGGUGAGGGGCGACAGUGCAACUCAGUAUACGUGCAUGCUGCUUAGCUAUGUGUUAGAGAAUAAGAGUGGCAGAGAGGAGGUGGUAAUGAAGCUCAAACACCUGGAGUCUAGCAUGAGCUCUGGCCGCAAGUUGUUCAGACUCGGCAACAUGGUGCAUGCCAUCGUGGUCGCCCGACAGUCCAACCAGUUGCCGGAGCUGGUCCCCCGCUUCUGCCUGACCGUCUCCAACCUGAACAAGGCCCUGUACUUUGUCUGUGACAUGCUCCUAUGGGUGAGGAGUGUGGGGCUCUUUCCAAACAUUGACAAGAAGAAAUGGCGCAAGCGGGCCAACAAAUGCUAUUACUACUCCCUGGUGAUGAACCUGGCUGAGAAUUUGUAUGAGCUCUGCUGCUGCAUGGAGCAGACAGCGCAGACGGAGAAGGCUCAGAAGGACUUGCCUCCUUGUGGCCAGCGAGUCCGGAGUUUUGUUUCCCAUCUCACAGGGGGGCUGCAGCCUUUUCUUCUCCUCCUUUGCCUCACCUUGAGGAGGCAUCCUCCACUCUUGCUUGACACGCUGAAGAACCUUUGCGAUCUCUCAAGCCCACUGGAUCGGCUGGGAAUCUACAAGACCAACCCAGGAGUCAUCGGGCUUUGUGGUAUUAUCUCCUCGCUGGUCGGAAUCCUGACAGUUGCCAGUCCGAGCCUGAGGCUGAAACACUGACUUGGGAGUUUCCCUGAUAGUUUAUGGGUGUUUUUGUUCAUCUCCAGUUUGGCUCUUUGUAUAUAAAACAAUGGAGCUUGUUCUCUGAAGCUAGCUGGCUGUGCUUUUCUCCUUGUUUCCUUGUGGCUUUAUGAAGCAGCACCCUUGUGGAGAGAGAAGAAGUCAUUUAUGACUUGUAAAAAGAUUAAGCAAAACCUUAUUUGAACUAUGCAACAGAGAGAGCAAAUAGGUAUUGAACUUGCUCCUAGUCCAGAUUGUGUAUAACACCAUAGGAGACAGUGGUGUUGGGGAGGUGGUAGUUGGUGGUGAUCAUAAAAAUGAACCACUGCACAGGUCUUUUAUUCUCCUCCCCCCUUUUGCAACAGGGGCUCUAGGGUUUUUGUUUUGGUAUUGUUUCAAAACCUGCAUUGCUUUUUUGACCAGAGGCAAUAAUGAAACAAACAACCUGGCAGGCUAGCCUGAUCUUAUCAGAUCUCGAAAGCUAGGCAGGAUCGGCCCUAGUUUGUUCUUGGAUGGGAGACUAACAUGGAAG